CGACGCGUUGUGUACAUGUUGCAGUGGAUGAAGGAUGCACAGAAAGCUUAACAACAUGAGACAUUAGAGCUGAUUUAACGUCAUUAAUGAAACAAGAGAGUUUGCUUACUGUGUCCUGUAGUUGUCCGCUGUAAUGGUGAAGUUGAGGGCGAGAUGUCUGCUUGUUGGAGAUGCUGCAGUGGGGAAAACUGCCCUCUGCCAUAUGUUCCAUAGUGACGGUACUCUCUUCCAGAAGAACUACAGCAUGACAACCGGAGUGGAGCUGCUGAUGAAAUGUGUCAACAUCCCAGAGACCAAUGACAGUGUGGAGCUCUAUAUUGUAGACUCUGCAGGGAAGCAGACAUUAGUGGACGCCUGCGAGAAAAUGUGGGGAGAGCUGUCGUUGCUGUGCCUGGUGUUCGACCUGACCAGUGAGCAGUCUUUUACCAACUGCAGCCACUGGAUGGAGAGAGUCCUUGCUCACUGCCAAGGUCUCCAACUUCCAGGUGUCCUGGUGGGCAACAAGUCAGACCUGUCUGCCAGAAGGGAGGUGCAGGCAUCUGUGGCCGAGGAAUGGGCUGAAAGCCAGGGGUUGGAGUACCACGAGACAUCGGCCAAGGAGAUGGAGAACUGUGACGCAGCCCUCCUCGGUCUGGCCGGGGCCUUCCACUCUCUCUACCAAGAACGUCGCGAGACCAUCCAGAACCUGAGUCCAGCCUAGACCCCCCCCCUUCCCCAGGCACACACACACACACACACACACACACACACACACACACACACACACACACACACACACACACACUAGGGCUGUCGCGGUUAAGGGUUUUCCCUUGCGGCAAAAUUAUUUACUCAACGGUGCGAUAUGCGGUAUUAUUGCCUUUUUUUUUUUUUUAAAUUGCUUAAUUUAUCCAGAUUUUAGUGAUUUAUAAAUAAGGUUUAUUGUUCGGCUGUUAUUAGGUAUAUUAUUGCUUUUUAAAUGACAGAGAAAAGUUUUAAAACCAAUUAAAUAAUGUAUUGUUUACUCUAUUUCUGUAUUGCACAUAAAGGGCAACGAGGCACAGUUUUUUUCAGCUGAGAUGCUUUGGUUGCGUCUGGUUGCUAUGAUACGGAAUAUCCACGGAAGUAAAAAUGUCGGCACCAGGUACAGUACUGGUUCUGGAUGAAGGGAAGGCUGGAGCACGUAGGGAGAGACCCGGCUUGUCAAUAGUGUAAUAUUGCAGUUAUUGCGACAGCCCUAACACACAGACACACACACACACACACACACACACACACACCUUGAUUCAAAGAAACCCUGUGUUCUUUUGUGCCACCAGGCCCGGCAGAGAGCGGCUUGUUCAGAAUGAUAUUUUGAUGUGACCGUGAAUAAAGUUGUUUUUUAUGAUAA